CAGAGUCUUGUUGGCUGUCGGCACGAGCGACCGUGGAAGCUCUAGAAACGUCUAGCGCGAGGCUGGCAGAUGCUGCGUCACUGCGCGAGAACGAGGAGAGAGACACGCUUGGCUGUUGGAGAGUUGGUCAGCGUCGUUUUCCUAGUUUAUUUUUGGUCGUUCCUACUCUUAACGGCUAGCUAAUUAACCGAAAAAAUAAACCAAAGCAGGACCGCACACACGGGCAAUAGCAGUCCAGAGAAGAAAGAAACCCAUUAGAUACCGAGAUGCAGCCGGCAACUGCUAAGUGGUACGACAGGCGGGAUUACGUCUUUAUUGAAUUUUGUGUAGAAGACAGCAAAGACGUCCAAGUGAAAUUUGAAAAAUCAAAGCUUGAUUUCAGUUGUGUUGGUGGAACGGAUAACCUCAAACAUCAAAAUGAAAUCGACCUCUUUGAUGUCAUUGAUCCAAAUGUGUCCAAACACAAACGCACAGACCGGUCUGUUUUGUGUUGUUUACGAAAAUCAGAAUCUGGAAAGUCAUGGCCAAGAUUAACAAAAGACAAGGCGAAGCUCAAUUGGCUUAGCGUGGACUUCAACAACUGGAAAGACUGGGAGGAUGAUUCGGACGAGGAGCUGUCUAGUUUCGAUCGGUUUUCGGAGAUGAUGAACAACAUGGGGGGUGAUGAUGACCUACCAGAAGUGGACGGGGCAGAAGAUGACUCAGCUGACAGCGACGAUGAAAAAAUGCCUGACCUGGAGUGAAGGCAAAUCCCAUAGGAACCCCUGUGGCAGCUGGAAAGAUGUCGCAAAGCUGUUAAUUUGAAACGAAAAAAGAACCAUAUAGGUAUGAGCUGGUAGCCAUAAAAACAACUGCAUCUUUUUAAAAGCCGUUUUCCAGACCGUUUGAAAAUGUAAAAAAAGGCUUGACCUUGGGUCGAUAUGCAUACCUUUUGUGCACAGCUGUCUCCAUCCACUGGCAUUGCUGUGCUAUAGUCUUCUAUUCUGCAUGGACUAUCUACAGUUUCCAUGGUGUCGUGAAGUAUAGUUAUUGUCCAUUAAUCAAAAAUCAAUGGCUGCAUUGAAAGUUGUUGAAGGUUCGAAGUUUAAAAGUAAGUCUUACAUCCCCCCCUUGUUAACAUCAAUGUGGUUCUAUACAAAAAAAUUCAAACAUUGUAGUUUCUAAUGAAGACGACAAAACAAAGGAUUUCGAAACAACCUAUAUUUUCAAUAAAGUUUUGUUCCUUUUUUAAUUAAAAACAUUUUCCCCUGUGUUAUUAAUACUGUAAAUGGAAUCAUUUAUUUUAUAAGGAAAGUCUUAGUUGGGCCUGAAAGCAAGUGUGUUUGUGUGUUGCAAUAUUGUUUGCAGGCCAUCAUUAUCAAGAGGUCAGCCAUUUUGAUUGUGGGCGUGGGCUUCUAUUUUCCCAACUGGUUUUCAAGUUACUGGCUUUUUGUACUUAAAUUCUUAACAGCUGUUUUCAGUGUAUUCAUGAGUUGCACACCCUCAUCUUUUCAAAUGUGUUAAUUUUGUGUAAAACAAAAAAGUGCUUUACCUGAGCACUUGCCAUGUAUCCAUGUAUUAUCAUGACAGACAGGAAAGCAGGCAUCACUGCACAUUGAGUAAUUCUGCGUGUAAGCAAAGAGAAUGAGAAUGUUUGAAAGGCUGUACUAUUGGUGUAUCUCUGACCCAUAAAUGUGCAGAGUUGAAUGCAGCUGUUUUUUUUUAUAUGGACUUCAAAAAGGAACAAAUUAUAGAUAACAUUAGGUGACCAAAUUUGUAUUUGCACUGUCAGAAUAUAAAUGCAAGUGUGGGUAAAGUAAAAUUAAUACACUAUUAGUUUGUCGGCCUGUCUGCUUGGCACAGGAAGAACUUAAGUUUGUGUUAAGUGCAGUGGGGAAUUUUUGUCUACAUCUUUCUAAUAAACUGUCGAAGACAUCUA